AUGGAAGAUAAGCUCUACAAGCGAAGCCUUAUCGAACCAUAUCUAACAUGCAUCCAUGGCGAAGAAGCUUACACCGUAAUGCACGAGACUCAUCAAGGACCUUGCGGAAGUCAUUCCGCAGGCCGAGCUCUCGUCAUACGGAUUAAAAAGCUAGGCUACUUCUGGCCGACGAUGAUCAGAGACUGCGAACAGUACUCCAGGCGAUGUGACAAAUGCCAAAGGCACGCCCCAAGCAUUCACGUCCCAGCUGAAACACUCUCAUCGAUCUCUUCACCUUAUCCUUUUAUGAGGUGGUCUAUGGACAUAAUAGGACCUAUGGUCUCUUCGGGACCGAAGCAAUUCCAAUACCUAUUAGUCCUUACUGACUACUUCACUAAAUGGAUCGAGGCCAAACCAUACCAACAAACGACCGAACUCGAGGUCCGGAAAUUUAUCUGGAAAGACAUCAUUUGUCGACACGGGCUCCCUUUCGAGAUCGUGACAGAUAACGGAUCUCAGUUCAUAGCUCGAACAUUCAAAGACUUCUGCAAGAAGUGGAACAUACGCAUAACGUAUUCCACACCUCGUUACCCUCAAGGGAACGGGCAAGCUGAAGCAACAAACAAAACCCUCUUGAGUAACCUCAAGAAACGACUCGACGCCCCUUACGGGCUAGAGGCCGUCAUCCCAACUGAAACUUCCGUUCCAAGUCUUCGCAGGAUGCAAUGUCCAGCGAACGUCGAGCUGAACGAAGAAAUGUUGAGAGAUCACCUUGACCUUAUCGACGAACGUCGAGAUCAAGCUCUGAUCCGGAUACAAAACUAUCAACAGGCCGCAGCUCGCUAUUACAACUCCAAGGUUAAACACCGGAGCUUUCGUAUAGGCGACAUGGUUCUGAGAAAAGUACAAGACUAUACCAAAGAGCGCAAUGCAGGGAAACUUGGGACCAACUGGGAAGGUCCCUACCUCAUUACCGAAGUAGUUCGCGAUGGCGUCUACAAGCUCACAAAAGUCAGAAACGGAAUACCUGAACUAAGACCUUGGAAUGCGAUGAACCUGAAAAGAUCGGAAGAUCGAGAUCACCUCGAUAUUCCCCUUUCGAACGAAGUGAGGUUCAGAGUCCACCUCUUUACCUUCAAUUUCUUACUUCGCAAAAACCAAUCGAAGUCCGCAGCGUCCAAGCAUCCAGCGUAG